CCGCCGGCGGACUUGUCGACUUGAAGGACGAUGACCGAUGAAGUACGGAGCUACGAUUUCUUUGAUACGGUCUUCUGAUCAAACUAGCAGAUUAUUAUUGUUGACAUUUCGUGGGUAUACGUUAGCACAAGUUUUGUUGCAUAUUUUUGGAGCCUUGCAGCAGAAGUAGCGGAGCGGUCGAAUUUUGAUUGACUAUUACAGGAAAUUGUCAAUUGUUUGUUGUUGUUUGUCAAUUUGUCAAUUGUUUGUUGGCUCGCUGCUAUUAACCCACCCUAGAAAAACUCCAAAAUGUCUGGAUUUUCGAGUUUUGGAUUUUCUAAUGCGUAUUUGUCCGGAGGCGGACCAAGCAACAAUCCUACCAAAUCGAAUGAGUCGCAAUUACAAGGACAAGAAGAAGACGUGACAGGAUGGUGGCCAACUCUGGGGUCUGGAGGAGAACCGAAAGGCCUCGUUAAGCUGAUGGUCGGUCGAACUGGCCAAGAAACCAAGACUCUCUCAUGUAACAAACGAACGUUGGCGUCGGAAUCGGUAUUCUUUGCUCGAAAGAUUGUCCGCAGAAUGAACUCUUCUUUGCCAGAAUGGAUCAUUCUACGAGAAGAGGAUGCUGAAGCAGUUGAAAUCAUUAUCGAGUUUGUAAACAACAAAACUUUUCCGUCCAAUUUGCCUUGGGAAUUGAUUGUACGAGUACUGGAGACUGCAAUCAAGUUCGAGAUGAAACAAGUGGUCAUGCACUUUAGGGGUCACAUCAAGGACAAUAUGAAAGGAAUAAGUGCGGCAGUGGACAUUUUGGAAUUGGCGAAACGUCUGGAUGAUAAGGAGUUUUACAAUUGCGCGUUGGGGUAUUUGGUCCCACGAUUUUCAGGGCUGAUAGAGUCCAGAGCCUUCUUAAGUUUGACCCAAUCCAACAUUUGUGCUCUUUUGAAGAGCCAGAAUGCCAUCAUCACAUCGGAGCACCUUGUUUUUGAUGCUGUGAUUAGGUGGGCUGAAUCAGAAUGCGAAAAAGCUAAAAUCAACCCUAAAAACUUCCAACAAUUUCGUGGGCUGGUCGGUGACAUUACUUCCUUAAUCAGAUUUCCGGCCAUGAAGCCAGCUUAUUUUCGCGAAAAGGUUCUCCCAACAGGAUUAGUGGAAAGACAAGACUGUGAAUUACUCGAGUAUUAUUGGAAAUUAUUGGAGAAAGAUCCGGUGGCAGCAGAGCUGAUGAGUCUCCCAUUCAGUAAAUCAGGACGGACGGGUAAAAUGUAUUCGGCGGAAUUUUUUUCUCCCAAGAUGUCAAUGAAAUAUGGCCAUGUUCCAGGUGGACGUUGGAUUGGAAUCAAACUUCGAGCAGAAUGCUCAAUUACUCUGCACAGCAUCUUGCUAUACGGAAGACCGGAAAAAGGCAUUGGUUUGACGCAAGCCAAAACCGUUAUGUUAGAAAGUGUUGGAACCAAACCCAAGGCAAAUUACAGGACAAUCAAAGUUCAGGAUGCAACGAUUCGCGUAACUAGGGAGUCUUGCAGUAGAUUGGUCCUGGACUCUCCCGUCACCCUUUCUGCCGGUCUUAAAUACAAAUUUCGAGUAUACCUUUUGAACAUGGGCUUGCAUGAUAGUUCUAAUGGUACGAAGGAAGGCAGUGGGUGGACUGUGGCUACCGUUCUAUGUGGAACUUCAGGAGAAAUUCGUCUGCUCUCCAAAAAACUCAAAGGUGGGGACGUCCACCCAAUUCCGUUUCGUUCCAUCGAAUUUGCACUCGCCCCAUCCUUCGAGCCCGAGAAUGAUACUUUCUACUUGAAGAGGGCUGAUAUCGGGAGCACAAACAAGCUUUCCCAAAAGCUGUGUACGAUUGCGUAAAUCAGGGUGGUGCAUACUAUGGAAUUAUUGCAUAGAACUUACUCUAUGUGAUGAGAGUUAUUUUACAGGAAUUAGUAUGAAGAGAGAAUAAUGUAACUGUUAGUAGAAAUAGUAGAAUCUCAUUUAAUGCGUAACGAAAUGUUUUUUAUUUAGAAAACGGCUCAAAUUUUAUAACAUAAGACAUUGUAUGUAUGCUUCUGGAAAUAAGUUAUCUUUGUAAACAUGCGUUAUCAUAAUCCAUGUGUAUUUUUCAACACUUAAAACAAACUCAAGUUGUAGAAGUAAUGGUAUAAAUUAUGUACGUCAAGUUAUGUUUUGUACUCGGGUCAUUUUUUCUACUUUCACCAUAAUUUGCAUUUACUUUAGUCCCAAAAUCCUCUAAAUUCCGAACGUGUUUCUUCUAUUGAAAUUCUGCAUGCUUCGCUACUAAACUACAUACAUUCGCUAUAAAUAAGUAUACAAGUAGUAUUCACAACAUCCAUGAAAUUUCCACGUAUUAACUGAAACCUUGCUUUUCGUCAUAAUAAUACAAGUACUGCAUGUUCUUAUAAACUAUAUAAGUUCAUCAUCAUAACCAUAAUACACAGUCAUAGAAUAAUAAUAACAAUGCGGGCUCAUACCGCAGACAGUACAUAAGUCGAAUAUAGAUCACCGCAAGUAUAUAUAGUCUAUAUUUGUAAGUAUAGCAUAUAAGUCUAAAUAAUCAUGGCUGCUUCGGAAUCUAAAAUACGAGAUUAAUUAAAUAUUUAGUAGUAGUAAACUCGAUAAGAAACGCUGCACAAAUAAACUGAAGGACUGAGGAGUGUGAAACGAAGAC